AGGGCGGUGGCGGAGGGCGCAGUCCGAUCCCGGGCGGGGCGGCUCCUGCCGGCUGGGGUCAGCCCCUCAGGAGCUCGGCCCACCCCGCCGGGAGCCGGGCUCUCUUCCCCGGCCACCAUGGGGUCCAAAAUUCCCACUGGGGAAGGGCCCGGUGACGAGGGCUCGCCCCUGAGGAAGGAGCUUCCUGCUCAGGUGAGCCCGGGACGGCGGGAGCCGCUCCCAGCGCCGAGGCGGCCCUGGCGAGCUGCGGGGAGCAGAGGGAGCUGGAGACCGCCUGGCCGGGGGGGCUCCCGAAACCUGCCCUGGUCCCGCGUCCUCUCGGGGGCAAACCGGGGCUCCCUCACGGAAACGGCCCCCAGGUUCCCGCUGACGUGCGUGUAAACCAGCAAGGAAAACACUUGGGGUCACAGCACGAUAGCGGCUGUUGACGCCUAUAAUCUUCUCUCAGAAGUUAUAGUUUGAAGAUAUAAAGUUGUGUUCUCAAAGAGGAACCAACACCGGCCACAAAUACGAAGGAAUGCGAGGAAAAAUUCUUUCCGCAGCGCCAGGUAUGAAGAAGAAUAGUUAGUUCCCAGUCUGUAUGGCGGUGUGCCACUCAAAGGGGAGUACAAUGAGAGCAUCAUUCCCGACAGAAAAUAAGAUCCUUGUGAGCGGGCAAAAAUGCAAUAGACAAUAAACAAAGACCUUUAGCUUAAUUAUUUUGUGAGUCUUGUAUAAACCAUACAGUCUUGUAUAAACCAUACAGACUCCUCCCUAUAACAGGAGGGAAGAGACCCCCACCAGCCAUGCGGCCACAAGCCGAUGCUGUGGUGGCCCCGUGCCGUGUCACCGGCUUUGGUGGUGUCACCGGCUUUGGUGGCCGCUGUCCAGCUGUGAUCCCGCAGGGAGGGGCGGCCGGCCCAGGGCCACCUCCUCUGCCCCGGGCAGUGCCAGCCCGCAGUGACAGCACCGCGGGGGAACAGCGCUGGCAUCGGCCCCCGCUCGCCCCGUGUGAGGCUGGAACCAAGCUCUGACAAGAUGCACGGUGCGAAAAGUAAAUCGUUAGCGUUCACUGGAGUGCUUCUCGGCUGCCUGGAAAUGGUAUUUUCAGCAAACACAGCUCCAGAUAUACCUGUUAUUGACCAAGCUUAUUCAAAACUUAGCAACAGUAUCACAGUGGAAUGGAGAGCAGUACCUGGGGCUACUAAUUACAUGCUGACUGCACAAGAUGGAGAUUCCUUUGUUGAAGCUAUAGUGAAAAAUUCUCCAGGCACAGUGACGGGACUGAAGCCUGCCACCUUGUACCGGAUCACUGUCAGAUCUAUCAGUUCUGGAGGAAAAAGCCAGCCUUCACCUUUCAGAAAAGUAAAAACGGUCCUGGCUGCUCCAAUCCUGUCUGUUCGUUCUCCGAGCUGUGACUCCAUUGCAGUGAGCUGGAAGGCUGUGCCUAUGGCAGCUGGCUUCUCUGUGUCACUCAUGAGAUCGGAUGGUUUGGGCAGAGUGCUGAAGCAGAACACCACCAACACCUCCCUGAUAUUUACAAAUUUAGAUCCAGGAACUCUGUAUACUAUUAAGGCUUAUGCCUGGAAUGCCAAUGGGAUGCCGGGAGAUGAUUUCACAUAUAAUCAAAGAACAAGUCCUAAUGCACCAGUGGAUGUUAAAGUAGCUUUCAAGAGCGGUGCUUUAAGAGCUGCUGUCUCCUGGAUGCCAACAGAAGGAGCUCUAACUUACAGCGUCACAGUCUCCAGUGGACUCCUGACACUGAGGUGUGACACAUCUGCUGCCUCCUGCAUGGUGCCAUCCCUGCAGUGCAGCUCUGAAUACGAUGUGUCUGUCACAGCACACAAUGAUGCUGGAUCCAGUGAACCUACUGAUGCAGUGAGCUUAACAACGAUUCCUUGUGCACCAGUAAACAUAUCAAUUGAGGAGGAGGAACCUGGGCACUUGCUGGUAUCAUGGUCUAGUGUCAGUUUGGGUCAUUAUUACGUGGUUUUUGUGAAGAGUGAUGAUGGCUUGGAAGUGCACUGCAACACAUCACAUACUCAAUGCCAUUUCCAGUCAGACUGUGGUUUCACUUAUUUCAUCAGUGUCUUUGCAUAUAACAAGGCAGGACAGAGUCCUCCAGGUGAUGUACUCAAUUACACUACUGCUCCUUGUUGCCCAGGUGACUUCAGGGCCGUGUUCGUGUCAAGCGACACGGUGCGGGUGGCCUGGGCGCCCGUGCGAGGCGCGGACCUGUACGAGACGCGGGCGGCCGGCGGCAGCGGCGCGCUGCUGUGCAGGGACACGGCCGCGGCCUGCACGCUGUCGGCCCUGCAGUGCGGCACCCCCUACAACAUCACCGUGCGCUCCUUCAGCGAGGCCCGCGGCAGCAGCGCCUCGUGUGCGCCUCACUGCGUGCCAACAGCUCCCUGCAGUCCUGAAAUUAAAAAUAUCUCAAAGGAGGGUCCAUCUGUAAUCAGUGUGCAGUGGCAAGCUAACAAUGAAGAAGCUAUGUACGUUGUCACUGCCAGAGGAGAGGCUGGACUUUGGGAAUGCACAAGCACCAGGAAUUCCUGUUCCCUAAUGGAUCUUCCCUGUGGAUCUGCUUUCUCUGUAAGUGCUAUAGCAAGAUCAGCAGCAGGACAGAGCUUACCAAGCUACAGUGUCCCUUUAGAGACAGCUCCUUGUUGCCCUAGUGACCUGAUACUAACUCAAGUGACACAGUCAGUAACCAACAUCAGCUGGUCUGUUGGGAGGGGUGCACAGACAUAUGUAACAACACUGGAGUCUCCAAAAGGACAGGCAAAGUGUCACACACUUCAGACCUACUGUCUCCUGGGAUGUAUCACAUGUGGCACCAACUAUACAGUGUCUCUGAGAGCCAUCAGUGAGACGGGUUUGACAUCCAGCUGCACCUAUCAGGGAUACUCUUCCAGUGCUUGCUGCCCUUCUGGGGUGAAGCUCUAUAGACUCAGCAACAAUGGCAUCAGGGUGUUCUGGCGAGCUUCUGAUGAAACAAUAAACUACAAUGCUGAUUUACAUGGCUCAAAGGGCAACUUCAGCUGCACCCCCAGCUCGGGUCUGAGUCACUGUGAUAUCACCAGGAUACCCUGUGGGGAUGUCUACACUGUGCUGGUGGCUCCAGUGACCAACAAGGGGCCACAGCCCACAUUCUGUCCUAAGAAAAUAUAUUCAGGUAGAAUUUAA